GGGCUCCAACUGUUUUGUCUGGGAGCAACUCGUAGAGCCUCCCACUAACAGAAGAGUGACACGCCAUUCAAUCGCCGCCUGUCCCUGCGACUAAAGGAAGCAGACGAAGCUUUGCGAUUUCUUCCAGAGAAGGUUUACCAUCCUGUCUACAAGAAGAGAAAACUCGCGUACACCGACAGUUUCGCGAACUGCGUCGACAUGGGAAUCCGCAAAAAGACGACAAACAAAAACCCUCCAGUGCUAAGCCAUGAGUUUGUCAUCCAGAACCAUGCAGAUAUUGUUUCUUGCGUUGCUAUGGUGUUCCUCCUCGGGCUGAUGUUUGAGAUCACCUCAAAGUUUGCAGUGAUAUUCAUAACUGUCCAGUACAAUGUUACCAUAUCAACAAAUGAAGGGUCAGAAGAGACAGCAGUGAACCACUUCCACCAUGGCAUCAAGGACCUAGCCACCAUCUUCUUCUACAUGCUGGUGGCCAUCAUCAUGCACGCCAUCAUCCAGGAGUACGUGCUGGAUAAGCUAAACAGGAAAAAGCACUUCUCCAAAACCAAGCACAGUAAAUUUAACGAGUCAGGCCAGCUGAGCGCCUUCUACCUGUUCUCUUUUUGUUGGGGGACGAGCAUCCUGCUUUCUGAAAACUUCCUGUCCAAUCCUGUCUCUCUGUGGGAGGGCUACCCUCAUACCCUGAUGCCAUUCCAGAUGAAAUUCUACUACAUUUGUCAGCUGGGAUACUGGUUGCACGCCCUCCCAGAGCUGUAUUUCCAAAAGACCAAGAAAGAGGACAUUCCACGGCAGCUUGUGUACAUCUUCCUGUACUUGGUCCACAUUGCUGGUGCCUAUGUUCUAAACCUGAACCGUCUGGGUCUGGUCCUCCUCGUCCUGCACUACUUUGUUGAAUUCCUCUUUCACGUGUCCCGCCUGGUUUACUUCAGCAAUGAAAACAGACAAAUGGGCUUCACCGUAUGGGCCGUCUUGUUCGUUGUUGGACGGCUGCUCACCCUGUCCCUGUCUGUCCUCACCGUGGGCUUCGGCCUCGCCACGUCCGAGAGUCAAGGCUUUAACUGGGCGGCUGGGAACUUUAACAUCCUCUUUGUUCGGAUAACCGUCCUGGCAGGCAUCUGCCUCACACAGGCCUUCAUGAUGUGGAAGUUUAUCAAUUUCCAGCUGCGCCGGUGGAGAGAGCACAGCCAAGCUCAGACCUUGAAAAAGAAACAAGUUCCUGCUAAGAGCAAAUCAAAGAAAGAGAAAGCGAACGGAGUAAAUGGAGUGAACUCUCACGGAGCCAAUUCACCAAAAGCAAUAAAAGAAAAGUCUUCAUAAAUGACAAAAACGAGCGUCCUCACUUUUCGCAGCUGGAGGCAGAUUUUCCAGCUCCACAGCCCUUGACGUUUUUCCUGAUCUCCAUACCGGACAGAGGAUCCUUCAGAUUAGCCCGUCACUGGUCGUCCAGCACAGCUUCAGUUUCAGAUAUUUGCCCAUUUUGUGCCAUUUGAAUGAAAGCAAACCCUUCAGAAAUAAACAGAAACCUUAUUUAAAAAGUGCCUAUUCAUACAGGUUGUUUUGUACAGUGUUCAAUUGUAAAUGUUCAGGAAAAAACCCUUCAUUGCUUCAGUUUUUUUUUUUUUUUUUUUUUUUAACUGCACAUUCCUUUUCUCUCUCUUUGUUCCUUGUAUUUAUAAUUGUCUGUUGAGCUCUUCUUCUCUGUAGCAAACUUUCGUCGAAUUUUCCAGAAUUUAUUCUCUUAAUUGCCUCUUUCGCUUUUGUUUGUGAUGUAGCCCCAAACACUUUUACAGAUUCAGACAUCCACUGAGAAAACGUAUGGUACUGAAUAUGUUUCAGCCUUUGCUCAUGAGUACAUUUAAAGACGACCAAAGUAGAAGGCAUCCUUUGGAAGCUGUAAGGUCACCCACAAUUCAGGUGUGUGCAGAACUGCCUGCAAAGCCGUGCCAACCUUAUGUAGCAUUUAGAUUUUAUCGUAGUUGUAACAACAUCCCGUGCUUAAUUUUGUUUUUUUCCUCAAAACUUUAUAUAACAUACAGUUCUACAAAGCAGUCACUUUAGGGAGCAGCUGUGUCGUCUCUUUUUCUUUUAAUGUCUAAGAGAAAUGGUGUCACUGUUCCUUUUAAUGUGAUGUUUGACUUCUCCAGAAAGGUUUAAUGAGAAAAGCAUGGACUCCAAAUUUAAUUUUACUGAAUGUCCCCCAUCCAACCAUAGACGGUGCCAAUCGAUGUGGGUUGACUUCUAGACCCUUUUGACUUCUAUAGAAUACAGUAAGAAUCUGUCACUUAUGACUGUACCGCCAAACGAUUCUAAAGAAAUAAACUCGACCUAACUCAUG